GCUUACUAAAAAUCCCAUAUUUCGUCUUCAACAGCAAAUGGGUAUGCCCUUCUUUUCCUCAUUUCCCUUCUCUACUACUUGCAGUAGCAGCAGCACUGAUAAGGUAUCCUUUAGUAACAUUGAUGACGCCUUAGCUUUUUUCAAUGACAUGCUUAGCAAGAACCCUCGGCCUAGUACUUAUGAUUUUAAUCAGUUACUGUCUGCAGCUAUGAGGAUGAAAAAACAUGAGACAGUAGUUUCUUUGUCCAAAGAAAUGGAACUUAGAGGACUUAAACAUAAUGUCUUCACGCUCACCAUAUUGAUUAACUGUUUCUGUCACUUAAACCGUGUUGAUUUUGGAUUCUCUGUGUGGGGAAAAAUUCUUAAACGUGGUUUUGAGCCGGAUGUUGUAACGUCUACUACCUUAGUAAAUGGGCUCUGUAAAGAAGGUAAAAUGGGUGAAGCUGUGAAAUUGGUUGAUGAUAUGGUGGAAAGAGGGUAUAGACCUGGUGCAUAUACUUAUAGUGUGGUAAUAAAUGGUCUUUGUAAAGUUGGGAAAGCUGAUGUGGCUGUUGGAUAUCUUGAGGAAAUGGAAAAGCUAGGUUGUGUGCUGGAUACUGUUGCUUACAAUUCGGUAAUUGAGGGAUAUUGUUUGCAAGGAAAAGUAGAUGAAGCUAGAGAGGUAUUUGAUGUGAUGGUGAGUAAGGGCACUACGCAUGAUGUUUGUAAUUAUAACACCUUGCUUAAUGGAUAUUGUAAGAUGGAAAGGGUAGACGAGGCAAUGCAAGUUUUUGAUGAAAUGUUGAGAGAAGGUUUGGUUCCUACUGUAGUUACUUACAAUACUCUGAUAAAAGGUUUGUGUCGAGUGGGGAGACCUUGGGCUGCACAUCAGCUUUUCAGGAACAUCUCUGCUUGUGGCCUCACUCCAACCAUAAUAACUUACUCGACUUUGAUUGAUGGUUUCUGUGAACAAGGGAAUCUUGAUGAGGGGUGGGCAAUAUUUCAAGAGAUGCAAAAGAGUGCUUUGAAGCCUAACUUGGUAGUCUACACCAUCCUUAUUGAUGGUAUGUGCAAGUGUGGGAAGCUUAAGUAUGCUAAGGUAUUGUUUUCUAGACUCAUCGUGGAAGGAUUUCAGCCUGAUGUUCAUACCUACACUGUGUUAAUUGGUGGAAUUUGUAUAGAAGGAUCCCUAAUUGAAGCACUCAAACUUUUUAGAAAAAUGGAAGAGGACGGCUGCACACCAAAUGCUUGCUCCUAUAAUGUGAUUAUCCAAGGAUUUCUCCAACACAAGGAUACCUCAACAGCAAUGCAGCUUGUCUGUGAAAUGGUCAAUCGGGGAUUCUCUACAGAUGCUGCCACCAGAACCUUACUGCUAGAUCUACCCACCAAUGAUGGGAGUCCUGCUCUUAAAAAUUUGCCAGGGCUCUGUGAUGAUCAUCAAGAUGUAAAGUGCAGCUUCUGCCUUGGCCUUUCUGGAGUGAUCAAUCAAGAAGCUCUUCCAUCAAAAAAGGGUAAGCUUGUUACUCAAAAUACCAUUACUCAUUGCCAAAAGCUUAUUUUUCUGGUUUCCAACACCUUGGGUGAUGAAAAAUUUCUAAAACAAUUGACCUUUUUGGUGUAUAAAAUUGCAUGAAAUAAGCCUUGUCCUUGUAAAAUGGGAGCUGUUUAAGGACAGCUUCCUAGAACCCAAUUACCCUGUUUGUGUCUGCAUUCCUUCCAUUGUGCUCAAAGUCUACCUUCCAAGCUAUUUCUGACCCCUGCUUGGAUGCUGGAAUGCAAAACCCUUUCUUCCACCAGCUCCUCCUCUCCACAAACAGGCAAAUGCUUUUUUCCCGACCUUAUCUCUCAAUUGCAAAUUUCUAAAAGUGUCUUCCAAAUAUCACUACAUACCUGAGCCCUUCCCUUCCAUAAUCAAAUUCAUGAUAUUGGAAAUAGGAUCUUUUCAGGUGCUCUCGGCAUGCCACUACUCUCACAUGAAAGUAGAGAUGGGUUUUCUUUGUAUUUACACUUUGAGGGUUUUGUCAAGU